AUGGUGAAAGGAACUCAAACGGACAUUAAAUUAUGCAUAGAUGACUGGGAAGAGCACUCGUAUUCAUUUUCUUUUAGUACCAAGGUUACAUUUGUCGAGCAGCAAGAUUAUAUAACAAUACUUGAAGAGAGGAUUGAACAACAAUCUCUUCUGAUUAGCACUCUAAAGCAAGAAGUAGGACGCCUAAAAAAACAGUUAGAUGAAAAUGAAAGAAAGACAUUCAGUUUGGAGAACUUUAAAGACGACGACAGUGCUAUACAAUUUUAUACAGGCUUCCCAAACUACAAAGCUUUAAUGGCUGUGUAUGAAUACCUUGACCCGAAAGUGAGUAAAUUACAGUGCUGGACAGGAAAGACUGUUCCUGAUAGUCGCAGCUAUCAGGAAAAUCCUCAAUCCAAACCUGGACCAAUAAGAAACCUUACUGGCUUAGAGGAAUUUUUUAUGGUACUCGUUCGUCUAAAAGUUGGUCUAUUCGUCAAAGACCUGUCCGACAGAUUUGACAUAUCUAUUGCGGGACACUUUUCAAAAAAUUUUACUACUUGGAUUAACUUUCUGUGUCUGGAACUAAGACUGAUUUUUCCCUUUCGUUCACAAUCUGAUGAGUUGAGGAACAUGCCAUUAGAGUUUUCUCGCUCUCCAAGCACUACAGUCAUUAUUGAUUGCACAGAAGUGUUUAUUGAAGUGCCAUCUUCAAUGAAAUCUCAGUCAGAAACGUGGUCGAACUAUAAGCGCCAUAACACUUUCAAAGUGCUUGUAGGUGUGUCUCCCAAUAGCCAAGUUAUCUUUAUUUCCAAACUGUGGGGAGGGAGAGUCUCUGAUAAAGUCAUCUCUCAGCAAUCUGGGAUUCUUGAUUUGGUUGAUGCUAGAGACAUUCUAAUGGCAGAUAGAGGAUUUCAUAUAAAGGUGACAUUACCACCAGGCGUCGAUCUGAAUUUUCCCCCCCUUCAAAGGCACAAGGCAGCAGUUGACUGCAAAAGAGGUUGA